CACUCCGCACCGCCCGGCACUACGCGGCAGAGCGGCCAAACGAGCGCGGCAGGGCAGCCGGGGUGCCAGGGCGGGAGUCACCGCCAGCCGGAGCCGAGGGAGCUUCGCCCGGUGAGGAAUUGGAGGGCUACAGGGCAGUGACUUGUCCAAGGUCACACAGCUGGACAGAACUCAAGGUGGCAGCUGCUGCCGCAGGUUGCGCCGUCUGCCUCCUUCCAUCUCUGCUCGAGGCUGCAUUAAAUGGCUGAGAAACAGAUCAGUUUACCAGCCAAACUGAUCAAUGGAGGGAUUGCGGGGCUCAUUGGGGUCACUUGUGUAUUCCCUAUCGACCUGGCUAAGACAAGGCUCCAGAACCAGCAGAAUGGACAGCGCAUCUACACCAGCAUGUCAGACUGUCUCAUCAAGACCAUCCGCUCCGAGGGCUACUUCGGCAUGUACAGAGGCGCUGCUGUAAAUCUGACCCUGGUCACCCCAGAGAAGGCCAUCAAGCUCGCAGCCAAUGACUUCUUCCGCCAUCACCUUUCCAAGGAUGGGCAGAAGCUGACCCUCCUGAAGGAGAUGCUGGCAGGCUGUGGGGCUGGCACCUGCCAAGUGAUCGUCACCACCCCCAUGGAGAUGCUCAAGAUCCAGCUGCAGGACGCGGGGCGCCUCGAGGCUCAGAAGAAGAUGCUGGAGACCCAGGCCCACCUCUCAGCCGAGGCGGGAGCUCAGUCUGUGCUGGGCUCCGCCACCCCUGGCCGCCCCACGGCCACCCAGCUGACCCGGGAGCUGCUGAGAAGCAAGGGCAUUGCUGGGCUCUAUAAGGGGCUGGGAGCCACGCUGCUCAGGGAUGUUCCCUUCUCCAUUGUCUACUUCCCUCUUUUCGCCAACCUCAAUCAGCUGGGCCACUCGGAAGCGGGGGAAAAGUCUCCCUUCUACGUGUCUUUCCUGGCGGGCUGCGUGGCGGGGAGCACAGCGGCCGUGGCCGUCAACCCCUGCGAUGUGGUCAAGACCCGGCUCCAGUCGCUGCAGCGCGGUGUGAAUGAGGACACCUACUCGGGCUUCCUGGACUGUGCCAGGAAGAUUCUGAAGCAUGAAGGUCCAUCGGCUUUCCUCAAGGGCGCCUACUGCCGGGCCCUGGUCAUCGCGCCGCUCUUCGGCAUCGCCCAGGUGGUUUACUUCGUGGGCAUCGGCGAGGCCCUGCUGGGGCUGCUCCCGGGUCACCGCCACGACUGAGCCCCGCCCGGUGCCCACCCCAGCCCCCACCCACCGCCCUCUGGGAGACCCACCCUAGAGCAACAAGAGGAAGCCCCGGAAGGAGAGCUCGGCGCUGGGGACGGCUCCCGCGUGUCCUCGGCGUGGCCGCCCAUGUGGCAGGGGGGGAAGUGGGGCGUGGCCCCCUCCCUCCUGCAGUGACUGGGAUCAAUUUUUUAUUUAUGUGGAAAAUGGAGACCAUUACAUUCCUUAGUUCCUGCCCCCACUUGGGCUGGGGAGGGACCCCCAAAGACCCGCUGGGUAUCCCUCCCCUCCCCCUCUCUGAGCUGGCCUCAGGCUGGGGGGCCCCAUUGGUCACUGCCCCAGGGCCUUCCUGGCAGGGUCCAGGGCAUGGGAACCGCUCCCUCUGUGGGAGGGCCAGGCUGGAACCCUGAGCGGGAAUGGCAUCAACUGUGGGGCAGGCGGGCCCAGAUACCCCCCAGCCUCCGUCCAGGCCCUUGCCUCCAAUCUGCUGUCCUGGGGGAUGGGGGGGCGGCUCCCUCCCCUCUCCCACCCCCCCCAAUCAGGGUCUCUAAAGGAUUUUGCUGCUCCAAGGCCCCUGACUUGUUAGACCCCAGGGACGCCCACCCAGGGGCCAGGAUUUGCUUCCCGAAGCUCCUUGCGCUCCUUUCUUCCUCGGAGAGGUCUUCUAGCCUCUUCUGCAGGCAGGAGGAGCCUAUUUCUCAGUAACGGGAGAUCUGGCUGAGAUCCUUGGGAGCUUCAGAGGGGGGGAGGGGCCCUCUGAGAGCGGGGACUGCCAGAAUCCCGCCGGGUGCUCCUGGAGGCUUGUGGGGAGGGGGGUUCCCGAUAUCGUCUCCGUGUGCAGUUAAGUGCAGUGUCGUGUUUUUAUGUCCGACUUGUGAGCGUGCGAGUGUGUGUGUAAGUGUGUCUUGGGGAAGGGGAAUAGUGCCCGAGACCCCCAGUGGCAGAGACCCCGGAGAAGGGGCUCCCGGGCCCUCAUCGGAUGCCUCCCCUCCCCCAGCUGGGAGCUGGAUCUUGGGGGGGUGAGGGAGCCUGAAGGAAGGGUCAUCUUGAGCUCUGCCCCUUAGUCCCUGUUCCCUCUGGACUCCGGCUGGGGCCCGGGACCACCUGACCUUGCAGCCCUCCCCUUCCCUAGCUCACAGCCCUACCCCAGCUGGGGUCCGUAAGGGGGACGGCCGCCUUGUUCUCCAGCAGCGGGAGCGGGGGUUUCUCGGGGAGCCCCGUCUCGGGGCCCUGACUAGGUAGACUUCAGAAGGUCCCCCCAAACUAAUCCAACAAGCUUAGUUAGCCCCCAAGUCCCAGGCUGAGUGCCGUGCCUGCCCCUCGCCGCUUGCUAGGAGUUGGGGGGACCCUCAGUGACACUAACUUUGGCCCGCCCGGCGCCCAGGAGGCUCGUCCUGAGGCCGACUGCCAGAGGGGGCUGUGCGGCCCCUCGAACCCCAGACAAACCUGUACUUUCCAAAGCUGCUGCUUACAGAAGUAUAUUUUUUUUCUUUCUGAACAAGAGUUUUAAAAAGUUGUAAUUUUUGUGUCUUGUCACGUAAAAGAAUAAAUAAAUAUUCUAAAUAGA